GCGCUUUCACCUGCUGCUUGAGUAAAAUAUAAACAUUCAACAUUUAAAAUUUUAAAAUUAAAAAUCAUUAAUUGAUUUUACAAUUAUCACAAAAAUUACCUAAAGUAUUAACUAAACCACAUACUAGUUCAAUUAUCCAUUAUGGAUUCUAUCUCUCCAGUCAUCGUGCUCCUCAAACGGAACACGAAACAACAAGUAGAAAGUGAAACUGUUACUAAAUUAAAAAAUAGGUCAAAAAUUAAACUGUGUUCAAUUUGUGGCUCGUCGCGAAAUGGUCGCCCAAUGACCAAGUCCCAACUCUGCUCUUUUCGCCAGCUCGUGGCCGUUCCUGAGAGACCCAAUGUCCGUGGGAAUCACUCGUAUUGGAAAAGUCUGCUGAUUUGUUACCCUUGUCGCCAACAGUUGGACCAAUUGAUUAAACUGAAGGAGGAAAUGAACCAAUUGAGGGUGGCGAUGGACGCGAUGGUGAAAUUAAUUAAGUUGAAGUUGAAAUAUCAAGAGAUAGUGGACUGGCGCACAAUUACGAGGAGAAAGAGCGAUUCAGAUCCAGAGUUCUUGAAUGACGAGACGAGCUGCUCGAGCUACACUACGUCUACACUUUCAGACGAAGAGGAAGCAUUGAGCACGGAUAAGGAUGAAAGUCUUGCCGGCGACGACGACGUUGAUGAUGACGUAAAACCAGUAAUUGUGAAUUAUGAAGAUGACGAUGUUGGUGAGCAAAGUUGCUCGAAUGAAGGGCAAAGAGUUAUUGAAGAGAUAAUAUUGAAACCAGAUGAACGAUCAGAAAUUAAAUGCAAACGACCUGGGCCCUGGAGUAAGACAAGGAAGAGGAAAGAAGAGGAUAAAAUGGUGGCCGAAAAUGUAAAGAAGAAAACCGAAAACACUGAAAAUGAGAUAAAGGAGGAAAAAACCGAAAACACUGAAAGUGAGAUAAAAGAUGGAGAUAUGUCAAGCUUUUUAAAAGUAGAACUGAAAGAGCAAGAAGAAAAUGUCGACAAUUGGGUUCUAUGCACAUUUUCAGACAAUGAGACAGACCAAGGUGGCGAUGGCGAGGGGGAAAUGAUCCUUCCCGAUGACAAUGAUCGCGACGAUGACAAUGUGGUUGGGGCGCAAGGAAAUGCAAAUUUAAAUUACUUUCAGCCCCAACCUCUCCUUUUGCAGAAUAAUAAUAACGUCCUCCCCGCAAGUGCUUACACAUUAGUGCCCUCAACCCUACCAGUUGCACCCGGUGGUCAAUUCCAAAUCCUUCCUGGGCCACUGACAACAUUUCAGUUGGUGCCAAGCGCGAUUUUGGGUCAACCAUCUGUGACCAAUCAAUUUAAUUACUCGCCCCAGCAAGGAGUCAGCUAUUUGACAUCAAACUCUACAAACAACCAAUUUAUUACUGAGACUGAAACCACGGAAGCUUUUUUGCCAUCCCAUUACUCGACGGGAGGCAAUUUACCCGCAGAAAGUUGGGCACAGCAUAGUACGAUGGCAUCAUCUUUCGUUCAAACUGCUCAAGCAUCAAUUAUUCGACCACCACCACCAAGUAUUAUUCGACCUCUACCAACCCCAUCUGUUCAGCCAUUUACUAGAGAACGGUUCAUCCCAGAUUCAGAAGCCGUCUGCCAAAACUGUGGAACGCGAUCGAGAGAUUUACACUUUUGCGAGUACUGUAAAACUCGACUGUCGGAUUCUACAAAAAUUGUGAAAGUCAAAGAAUUGAAGGAAAAGCCGGAAAAGGCUGAAAAACGAAAGAAAAGAGCUAAGGUGGACGAGUAUGAUGAGUUACUUGAAGGACCAAAAAGAAAGUACACAAAAAAAUCAUCGCUUUCCCAGAACGGGACUCAAUCAUCCUCAGAUGCCGAGAUCGUGAAGAUUACGGUACCCCGAAAGAUUACAGUACCCCGAAAGCCACGCCGAAAUGCACUCAUGAGAGAACUGGACGACCUACUUGUUCACGCAUCCUCAUCCAAACAUAGUUCCAGAAGUAGCAACGAAGACACUAAUGAUGAUAACUGUGGUGAAAGUCAAGGAUCUAACUCGGAUGAAGACGACGAAAUUCAGGUUGUAUCCGAAAAAUUAACACCUACAGUCAAGAAACCACCACCAUCUAAUUUUUCACCCGACACAAAGAUAACACUUCAAUGUCGCACCGUCAACGUCGGGACUUAUCAAACUCAAGCUGCAGGUUUGCAUGGCUUUAUUCUCGCGACCAUUUGCAAGGAGGGAAUUGAAUUCGCAAUGCCGCACACUCAAUUCAAAAGGAAACCUGUAAGGUGUUGCAUACCAAUGAGUUCCAUCACCCAAGUUGGAAUUCAUUCUUACGUGGUCUCCCUCAGCCUGCAGGAAAAAUCAUAUCUAGACGAGCUGAGAAUGUCGCUAGGAUUUAGUAGCAAUCCGGACGACGAAAACUAUCACUUCCAUCCACACAGUACAAAUCCCCGUCAGAAGCGAAUUACACUUAUUUCACACGACAGUAUGCGGAACAGGAUGGGCAUACUAAAGCAUCUUAUUCCCAGCCAUGUACUUCAUAAACUUUCGGGGGUCAAAGCUGAAAUAAUCAUCCGUUUGACUGGAAAACCAACAACAUCUACAUAGAAAUAGUUCUGAAAAAAUUAACUUGUGAUAAUUUUAUAUUAUUUGAACAAACGUGUUUUUUAACAUUAUGUGCAAACCUUGUAAGUGACUAGAUUGAUAAACCUUGUAAAAAUACGCGUAAUAAAACAAAUGACUUAUAAAUUUGGA